GCCGCGAGUGGCCAGGAGGUGGCAGUGGAGCCCAGCGGUAGCCACGGCCGGGCAGCGGGCGUGGACCUGGAUCCUGCCUCGUGGACAGGCGGCGAGAGGAAGAGAGCUGGCCACACAUACAACACGCAGUUUUGGCCCACCAAGAUCAGCAGCAGAGUACAAGGAAAGAGAAAAUGUCUUCUGAAACAACGCAAGAGGAAAGCCAGAUGUUUCCACCAAAACAAAGUAGAUGGCCAAUGUUCUACUGUCCCAUUUCACAACAUCCCAGUGCUACAGAAAUUGCAAGAAUCCGUGAGGAAUGCAAAAAGGAAAGUUUCUGGUACAGAGCUCUUCCUUUGUCUCUUGGAAGCAUGCUUGUCACCCAGGGGCUAGUCUCAAAAGGCAUUUUCUCAGCAAGCCCAAGAUUUGGUGCAUUACCUAAGAUGGCAAUUGCUGGUGGCCUUGGCUUUGCCAUUGGAAAGAUGUCGUACAUAGGAGAGUGCCAAAAAAAGUUUGAGAAAAUUGGUAUUGCCCCAUUUGGUCCACAACAAAAAAGGCAUUGUCAUCAUACUUGCAAAGAAUGUGAAACAAAAUUGAGACCAAAUCAGAAAGAAGGUUCAAUUCCCUCAGCAUCUUAGUCCCAGAUACUGUGAAGAAGAUAAAAAUCAUAUGGAUCAGCUUCUUUCAAGACUUCCUGCUGCAGAGAUGAAAUAAUGUCUUUGAUUUGAUGUAAAUCAUCCUAAUUGAAGUAGUUGCAUAAUGUUACAUAGUUCUGUUCACAGUAAAUACCAGUUUCUUUGGUUUUUCUUCUUCUCUCUCUUAGCAUAUUUUGGUUUAUUUUUAUUUGGUUUAUUGGACCCUUCAGUCCAAUUUAGAUGUUAGUGCUGAAGAAUUACAUUUCUCUGUUGUACUUAGAUGCUGGCAAUGCUUUGCAUAGCAAGCAAAAUGACAUAUACUGGAAUGUUUAUGUCAAAAGGAAAGAGUGCAAGAUGUUUAAAUAAUUUUGCAGAAGGGCUAGACUAAGUAGCCUCCCUGGUGCUUUUUUAUCCUUUAAGAUUUCCUACUUUUCCAAAUUGGUGUUUGUCCUCCUGAAUUCUUGAGUUACUAAGAACUCUUGUUUCAACAAGGGCUUUAAUUUUACACUUUUUACCUUUCUACAGACUUUCCACAGCUCUUUGUCAGCAGUCUUGAGUCAAGGGCACACAGCUGUGCCACAUCAGAGCUGAUGCUUGGUGUACAGCCAGGUGAGCCUUGGGGAGCCUUCAUCAGGGGCUGCAGGGAGAGAGGGUUAUGCAACCACAGAGAAGUCAACCUCCUCUGUGGAAAUAAUGUAAUUAUCACAGGUGUCCUGUGAUAGGCAGCAAAACUGGUGUGGUGACAUGUCAGCUACUUACCCUCCAUCUGACAUCUGCUGUCAAGAUAACAGCAGCAAACUGCACCAUGACAUCCAUGUGAUGCAGAGGAGAUUGAUGCAUGUGACAGAGGGAGGACCUUUCAUGUCAGACUCUCAGAGGGUGUUUUGUGGUCAGUCUUAACUCUUGGGGUUACAGCUUAGCUACUUAACUUUAAGUCUAGUUUUGUUCAGGCUUCCUAUUUCCUGUAAUAAAUGUACUGUUAU